UUUCUUUCCCGCAGCUUCUUUAUUAUUUUUUUUUUUCCUCGGUUUAUUUCUUACGGAGGAGCUCGCACUGUUAGUCUCUUCUUUUUAUUGCUUUAAUUUUUUUGGUCGGUGUUUUGUUUUUUUUUAACAUUUCAACUCGGAGACGCCGGCGGAGAGUUGGGAGUUAUUUCCCGGGACCGAGGCCAUGCGGGGAGUCUUGUGAAGAAAACAACCUGCAGACAAUGCAUCUGUGACCCCUGGUACCAGUGGUGAGCUGGGGCGAUGGAAGUUACAGAGGGCUGCCACCACACCGGUCCCCUGACAGCUCCAAAUGGAUACACAAACAGGAUUUUCCAAGCAAACAUGGAAGCAGGGAGUACGGACAUGUUGGAGGUCUGCGGUGCUGAGCACUGCACCUCCAGAGAUGCAAUCCGAAAUGAACAGGAGGAAGCACCCAGGUAUAAGAAGAUGACCAAGGGCAACCGGAUCUGGAAUUUUGUUAGACGAAGGAAAGGCCUCUCUGCAAGUAAAGAAAGACCCCAGUCCAUGAUCCUGCUGGGAGUUACCUCGGAGGUGUCAGAGUUAAAAAAACCAUCCUUCAUGGACAGAGUAAGGCCGUUAAAGAAGGGAAGAACAUCCAGGAUGCCUAAGAAUGUGGAUUUGAGACCAUCUGGAGUCCAGGUUGCUUCUUGUGACCCUGAGGAGGACCAUCAUGCCAGUGGGCAAAGAGCUGUCUACAGGGUUAAAAAACUGGGUGACAGUCGGAGGCCCUCCCGCCACUCCUAUGCGGGGUACAUCGAUGAUUUGGAUUCUUCUUUUGAGGACAUAGAGCUGAAUAUCAGCAUUCCUGAAAUGGAUGCCAGUGAAAGUAAAUGUCUCAGGGAUAUCAGUGUCAGGUUACACAGUGAAGAUAAUGAUAGUAACUUCCACAAAAUACCAGCUAGAAAGAGUGAGUCUUUGAAUUUUGAAAACUUGAAGAGUCCUGCAGUUACAGAAGGGGACAGUCAAAAGAGGUGUACUGUGCUCCCACAGGAGAGCAGAAGAGGAAGAAGCUCUGAUGUCUGGAGCUAUCUGAAAGGAAUUUCAUUAACUAGCAAAGAUAAUUCAAAGCUUCCAGACCAAAGGACUGAAACCAGUUUCCAGAACUUAGAAAAUAUAAACGAUUCUGCUUCUUAUUUUGACUUUGAUAUGAGAUGUGAGGAGAAUCUCAGCCAGCGGAAAAAAUCAAAUGGUGCAACCAAAGCCACUCACUUUGGGGGUGUUGUGAAGUUCUUCACCAGUAUGGCUGAGGCAGCUCGGAGGCUGCGAGGCUCCUCAAGGGCAUUUUCACCUGAUGAGAAAAGGCCUCAGCGGAGUUUCCGAAGCUGGAGGCAGGAUGUUCCUUCCCACAAAGAGGGCUUGGUUAUUGAGAACGAGAGCGCAAGGGCCUUCUGCACGGUGGGAGCGUGUCUGCAGUCCCCAGAUUCAGGCACAUGGGACAAUCUGAGCUUUGAGAGUUUGGUGGGGAAGGAGCCCGCACAGCAUUACAAAACCACAGAAGUGUCUCAAGACAUUGGUUCCUCUGCCCUGAGCAAUGAGAAUGACAGAUUAAAUGAAACAUCACAUUCUCCCUUUGGGCCAGCCACAUCCCACCCGCCAGAGCUUGCAGAUGACUCUUUCACUGAUCUAAAUACUAAAGACCCCUCUGAGGAUCUGAUAAAUUUUCCACAGACAACUCUGACUGAACAAAUUCAGGACUCAGACAGUACUCUAGAGAAGACACGGGUUGUAGGCAAGGAUGUGCCAUGUUUUCAAGAUAUUCUUGUGAAUAAUCUGGACACUGUGGAUCUGAGCCAUUCUCCAGCUGCAGAUGGUGACUGUUCUGCACUGACUGAGGCACUGAUCCACCUUCCACAGACAACCCUGACUAAAAUUGAUAUCAAGGACAUGGUUUGUGCUCCAGCAGUUGCUGAAGAGUUGGAUCCAUCUCCAGAAGUGGCUCAGGAGCUUUCAAAGACAGAACUGGAUGUGCAGGACUUGAGAAAUCCUGAGCUGCCUUUGCAAGACUUGUCUAGAGGUGAGCUGGGGAUUCAAGACUCAGGCAGUACUCCAGAGAGGGGACAGAUUGUGGGCAUGGAUGUGCCAUGUUCUCAAGAUCUUCCUGUGAAUAAUCUGGAUGCUGAGAACCUAGGCUGUUCUCUAGCUGCAGAUGGUGACUUGCCUGCAGUGGCUGAGGCUCUGAUCCAUCUUCCACAGACAACCCUGACUAAAAUUGAUAUCAAGGACAUGGUUUGUGCUCCAGCAGUUGCUAAAGAGUUGGAUCCAUCUCCAGAAGUGGCUCAGGAGCUUUCAAAGACAGAACUGGAUGUGCAGGACUUGAGAAAUCCUGAGCUGCCUUUGCAAGACUUGUCUAGAGGUGAGCUGGGGAUUCAGGACUUGGGCAGUACUCCAGAGAAGAGACAGGUCUUGGGCAUAGAUGUGCCAUGUUCUCAACAUCUUCCUGUGAAUAAUCUGGAUACUGGUGACUUGAGCUGUUCUCUGGCUGCAGACGGUGACUGUUUUGCGGUGACUGAGGCUCUGAUCCAUCUUCCACAGAUCACCUUGAGUAGAGAGAUUCAAGACACUGACAGUACUCUGGAGAAGAGACAGGUCGUGGGCAGGGAUGUGCCAUGUUCUCAAGAUCUUCCUGUGAAUAAUACGGAUGCUGCAGACCUGGGCUGUUCUCCAGUUGCUGAUGUUGACUUUUCUGUAGUGACUUUUGUAAAACAUGCAACAGUUAAAGGGCAGGUUGUGGAGCAGACCGACUGCCGCAUUAAGCAACGCGGAGUCCCCUCGUUUGUAGAGCAAGACUCGGCAGAGGUAACGGAUGGGCUGGACCAGUUUGACUGUAACGACCAGUGCCGGCCCUUCCAAGUGCAUGUCUCCAGAAUUGUCUCCUCUGGAAGGCUCAAAAAUGGAAAGCCGAUGUCUCAUCCCUCUCAACCAUCCCCACAAGCACCACCCUUCAAAGUCCUCGUGGAGAGGUGUCGCUCCGAACCCCUCUCGCAGAGCACCCCAAUGGGGCUGGACCAGCUGGGAGGCCGCAUGCAGCACUUGCUCAGAAGACGUGCUGAGAAUGAAGAGGCUUCAAAGACUCUGAAGGUGCGCGGGAACUGCAGGAACGGUGGACGUCGAUGGAACCUCUUCAAGCCUGGAGCUGAGAAGCUGCAAAUCAGUAGGCUGAUCAGUGGUGGUUCUAUUGUAAGUGCUGAGGCAGUAUGGGAUCACGUCACCAUGGCCAACCGGGAGUUGGCGUUUAAAGCAGGAGACGUCAUCAAGGUCCUGGAUGCUUCCAACAAGGACUGGUGGUGGGGUCAGAUCGAUGAUGAAGAAGGAUGGUUUCCCGCCAGCUUCGUGAGGCUAUGGGUAAACCAAGAGGAUGGAGUGGAGGAGGGAACCAGUGAUGUGCAGAAUGGCCACUUGGAUCCAAGCGCCGACUGCCUCUGUCUCGGCAGGACUGUUCAGAACCGAGACCAGAUGAGAGCCAAUGUCAUCAAUGAAAUCAUGAGCACGGAGCGCCACUACAUCAAGCACCUCAAGGACAUCUGCGAGGGUUACUUAAAGCAGUGCCGGAAGAGGAGGGAUAUGUUCAGUGAUGAACAGCUAAAAAUCAUCUUUGGUAACAUUGAAGAUAUCUACAGAUUUCAGAUGGGUUUUGUCCGGGACUUGGAGAAACAGUACAACAAUGAGGACCCCCAUCUUAGUGAAAUUGGACCAUGUUUCCUUGAACACCAAGAUGGCUUCUGGAUCUACUCGGAGUACUGUAACAAUCAUUUGGAUGCAUGCAUGGAGCUUUCCAAGCUGAUGAAGGACAGCAGGUACCAGCAUUUCUUCGAAGCGUGCCGUCUGCUGCAGCAGAUGAUCGAUAUCGCCAUCGACGGUUUCCUGCUGACGCCAGUGCAGAAGAUCUGCAAGUACCCCCUGCAGCUGGCAGAGCUCCUCAAGUACACGGCGCAGGAGCACAGUGACUAUAGGUAUGUGGCUGCUGCUCUCGCCGUCAUGAGGAACGUGACCCUCCAGAUCAACGAGCGGAAGCGGAGACUGGAGAACAUUGACAAGAUAGCUCAGUGGCAGGCCUCUGUUCUGGACUGGGAGGGAGACGAUAUCUUGGACCGCAGCUCAGAGUUGAUCUACACAGGAGAGAUGUCCUGGAUUUACCAGCCUUAUGGACGGAACCAGCAGCGUGUUUUCUUUCUCUUUGAUCACCAGAUGGUUCUCUGCAAGAAGGAUCUGAUACGAAGAGAUAUUCUGUAUUACAAAGGUCGCAUAGACAUGGAUAAAUACGAAGUGGUGGAUAUAGAAGAUGGGAGGGAUGAUGACUUCAAUGUCAGCAUGAAGAAUGCCUUCAAACUUCAUAACAAGGAGACUGAGGAAAUGCACUUAUUCUUUGCCAAGAAACUGGAGGAGAAAUUACGAUGGCUUAGAGCUUUCAGAGAAGAAAGGAAGAUGGUAAAAGAAGAUGAAAAGAUAGGCUUUGAAAUUUCUGAAAAUCAAAAGCGUCAAGCGGCAAUGACAGUAAAGAAAGUCAGUAAGCAAAAAGGUGUGAGCUACUCCAAGUCGGUUCCUCCAGCCUACCCACCACCCCAGGAUCCAUUAAAUCAGGGACAAUACAUGGUGACAGAUGGCAUAUCCCAGUCCCAGGUCUUCGAGUUCACCGAACCCAGACGCAGCCAGGCACCAUUCUGGCAAAACUUCAGCAGGUUAACACCAUUCAAAAAAUAAUACCUAGAGAGAUGGAGAAUUUUAACUUAAAAGAACUAAAAUUUAAAAAUAAAAAUAAAUAAAAUUAUAUUUAUAGAUGGACCUUUUUUCGGAGAAGCACUGUUGCAACUAAAUAUAUAUACAUAUAUAUAUAUACACACAUUUUAAAAAAUAAUAAUAUAUAUACAUAUAUGUAUAUAUAUAGAAGGACCAAAAACUUUUUUGUUGUUGUUUUUGGGAAGCAAUCUGCUACUAGAUAGUAGGAAGCACCAAUGAUUUCUGACCAUGUGACCUGUUUUAUUUUAUUCCAUUGGUUGGACAUCUCUUUUGUUUUUUCCUUUUCCUCAUUUUCAUCCAAGUCCUCACUGCCAUCCCAGAACGCUUUCUCGCUUGUGUGGAGUCGUCAUGGAAAUUCCUCAUGGACUACACUGGUGUAUAUUUUAUUUGAUUUUAUUUAUGGGGGGGGUUGUUUGUUUUUUGGAGUGCCGGGAGAUCUCUGCUCCCUCUCCCUCCCUGUCUGUCCCUUCCUUGGUGUCCCUGGAGUUCCCAUGUCAAUGGAGAGCAUCGACCCUUUCCCGUCCUGCAUUUUCUGGUCUGACUUGUGCCUGUCUGGAUGUGCUCCUGUCUGCACCGUGCUCUGCUGCGCAGUCUUUCUCUGGCUUUAGCUGUUUUGUUUUGGGCAGGUGAAGACAAGCAGAAAGGGUAUCAGCUCUUUAGGAAGUGAGAGAUGGGUUUUCCUCAGUUAAUUUUUUUGCCUUUUUUUUUUUUUUUUUUUAAGCACUGUCUUUUUCUCAAUUCAGUGUGAUUUCUUCACACUCGGAGUAAGACUGAGAAAAGAAUAUCAGGGGCUUUUAUUUCUUUUGCAUUUGAUUUUGUUUCGGUGGGGUUAUCUUUGAUUUCUUUUUAAGCUGGGACACAACUCUGAAAAGCCCACUCCUAUCUUUGCUUUCCAUGCAAAGAUAAAAGCUUAAAAACUGAUGGCUUGAUGCCCUCCAUUCCAGCUAGAGGAAAACUGGCUGUUAGGCUCCAACAAAUGGCCAGUUUUCUUCCUUCAGGAACUAAGGUCCCAUCCUGUUGGCCACACUCACCCCUGCAAAGUGCCACAUUAGUGAACCACUAAUUGCCAUUUACAGGAGCAAUGAUCCCCAAAGUGAGGACCAUGACGGCACUCACUGCCUGCUCCACUCUGUUGCCCAUCAGAUCCCUGGCUCCACUUGGGCACUGAUCUCCAUGCAAAACAUGAGCUGCUGGUAGUGAUCCGUUAGUGGAAGGAUCGUUGCCUCAUUAAGUGGAAGUAUUUACCUCAUAUUUAAUGCACCCAAGCUGCAGAGGAGUUGAGAACUUGCCUUUCAGGAAAGAUCUGGAUGUGACCAGAGAAGUUUAGUUGUAUGACCGUGAUUACGUGACCUAAAUGAGGGAGCAGUUUGCUCUGCACAGCACCCAGGGUUCAGCAGAGGUGUAUCAGUGUCAGCGGGCUCUGGAGUGAGUAGCCAGAUUCUCCAGGUCUCUUUCUCUCUCUUUUUCUCCCUCUGGAGAUUCAUAGCUCUGUUUUCAAAGACAUUUCCUACAAUUUCAGCCUUAAGUACCUUUGUUUGCAAGCUCAGAAGCUCAUGUUUAAGCUUGUAAAACAAAUCGUUGUGCACUAGAAUGAUUAUUUUUUUUUCCUAGGGCAAAUGAGACUCUUAAGCAGAUUUAGAAGAUAAACUUAAAAACUUUGCAGAGCUGCUCUGCAAGCUCCUUUGAAAACAUGGGAUAAAGUGAUGAUUGAUCACAGUAUUUAUCUUUUUCUUUUGAAUCUGAUACACCACAGAAGCACUCCAGGCUAUUUUUUCCUCCCCUAAGAAAUACAAGCAAAUGGGAAGAGAAGAGUGUGUGAUUUCAGUAUUUCCAUGAAGCCUGUUCUAUAUCAGGACAUAUUACAAGGCAGUAGCUAUAUUUAUUUAUUUUUUUAAGUAAAAAAAUAAUCUCAGCACUUUUUAGUAAUCUAGAAACUAUCAAUAAACAGCAAAGCCAGGUUAGUGUUUUGGAGAGGGAGACUAGCCCCCCUGUGACAGGCAGCAGCGAAACACUGGGAAUCCCAAACAGGAGGCAACCCAAUUUUGUAUCAGAACUUAUUUUUAUGCUGUUUUGUAUCUUUGCAUUUUUAUGGUCAGAUUUGAAUACUGAAUAUGUAGCAAAUAUUAUUUUGUUUCUUUAAGAGAAUGGGUAUUUAAAGAAGUGAAUAAGAUGGGUUCUUAGAGGGUAACUGAAAUGUUUUAUGAUUUCUGAAUGGCUGGAGAGAAGAGAGAGAGAAAGAGAGAGAGAUUACAGACUGUUGGCAACAUGAUGAAAGUUUCACUUGUUCCUUUGCCUUUUUAAUUGCUUAGGGAAAAAAAGUAACAAGCACAUUAGUUAAGCCUGUUCAUUUACUGUUUUGUGCCUCAGAGAGUGAGAAUGAGACAUCCAUAAUUUUUAUGAGAAGAUGCUUCCUAAAUAUUCAGCACUAGGAAAAAAGCAACACCACCGCCACACCAUUAUUUGCAUCAUAAAUCAAGACUCGCUUGAUCUGACAAGGCCCCUUGUUGGACUCCAGCUUCUUUGUUAACUGGAAAGCCAGACCAGACUAGUGCUGCUGGUGCUUGCCGGAGCCGGGCGGCAGGCGAGGCAGCUGCAGGCCUUUGCUCUGGAGGGAAGAGGGGCUUGGCUCUCAGGCAUGGCAUUGGAGAAAGCUCUUCCCCUCCAAAAAUUGCCAAGGUGCUGCAAGAGAUGGAGCGUUAUCACAAAGAAGAACCAGCACUUGGGUCUCACUUUUAUUGCCCACUGCGGCUUUCCCAAUAGGGAGCAGGGCUGAGCCGCCUCGUGUGUCCGAAAGCACUGGAAGCAGUGCAGGUGCAAUCAGAUUGGGGUGAUUUUGACUGAGCAUCUGAUACAGACUUUCAUUUCAAUGCCAGACAGGAGGAACCCUCUUAACCAUUCCAUAUGCAGAAACAAGAGUUGUAACAAACUUACAUGUUUACGGGAUUUCUCUGGCUGAAUCUAUAUAUAUAUAUAUAAAAAAUACAAAUACCCUCUUCCCUAGGUGAAUGACAUGCAUUACCCUUUGACCUAGACACUAGGAUCUAAAUUCAAGACUUUCGCCUCCCUACCCUCUCCAAAAAGAUCAAACAAGAACCAACCUAGGUGCAUUUAACAGUUGUAAAUAGAAAAUACUACAUAGAGAAAUAUAUUUGAAAUUUGUUUCAGUUUCUGGAUGGUCACUGGCCAUCCUUUGCAAUGUUAUUGAUAGUACACUGUGGUGCUUUGGGUUUCUGGUUUUGUUCUCUUUAUGCUCUGUCAUCUUUUCAUUGCAGCUACAUUUCAGGGAACACGUAUAUUUAGUAGCUAUUGUAAGUUCUGCAUGGCAUCACCAAGCUUAUUUUUCCUUAAGAAGACAAGAAGAGUCUGUAGGAGUUUAAAGGCACUAUGACGACAGGGACUUGUAGCAGAGAAUUUAAAAAAAAAAAAAAAGGUUUUUAAAAUUCUAGUUUGAAGCCAAAUACUGAUAUUUUAGUGCUUUUGGGGUUUUAACAGUAAGAGAAAAAAAAAAAAAGAAAAAAAAAAAAAGGAUUUUGGUAACCCAGCUGAUCCGCACUUGCCAGUUUUAUUAUUUUGUUUAUAUUGGACUGUUUGACCCUGUCAAACAAGUGUCAAAGUUGUGUGUAUAAAACAAAAAAAGUGUUUAAAAAAGUGUUGUAAAGACACUGAGCCUUAUGAAAAUAUUUAUGGAAUUAAAUAAAAAGAAGUGAAAAGGCA